GUUGCAGCACCGCCUCCCGUGAGUCAGAAAGCUUCAGGAGGAGCGCUAGUGUAAUGACAGCUCAAAGCUGUCCACGUCAACACUGAGCUACCACCAUGGACUGCGCGGCACUGGAACCAUCGCUCUACACAGUGAAGGCCAUCUUCAUCUUAGACAAUGAUGGGAACAGACUGCUUUCAAAGUACUAUGACCCUCAGCUCUACCCAUCCAUGAAAGAGCAGAAGAAUUUUGAAAAGAACGUCUUCAACAAAACCCACAAAGCUGACAAUGAGAUUGCUUUCGUAGAGGGAAUGACGAUAGUCUACAAGAGCAGUAUAGAUUUGUUCUUCUACGUAGUUGGCAGCGCACAGGAGAAUGAGCUCAUGCUCAUGGCAGUGUUGAAUUGCCUGUUUGAGUCUCUCAGUUUGAUGUUAAGAAAAAAUGUGGAAAAAAAGACUCUGCUAGAUAAUAUGGACGGGGUAUUCCUGAUGGUGGAUGAAAUCAUCGAUGGAGGAGUGAUUUUGGAGAGUGACCCUCAACAGGUCAUUGAGAAGGUCAACUACAAGGCGGAGGACGGCCCAUUAUCAGAGCAGAGUGUUGCGCAGCACAUCACUGAGAAACUGAAUAUCACAUCUAAUGUGUUGCAGUCAGCAAAGGAGCAGAUCAAAUGGUCAAUUCUGAAAUAAGUCAAAUAGCCUACUUUUUGUGACUUGAAGGAAUGAGUAAAUUAUUAAAAGUGAUUUGGGAAGCAAUUUCUUUUUGUUUUUAUAAGUUGUAAUUUAAUGCAUCGUAAAAGUAGUGCAUAAGGACAGUUGCAUCUUAUCUUUUGUUUAUGUAUAUUUAUUUUUUGUUGAAUAUUUAGGGUUUUUUGAAAUGAUGUUUUUGCCAGUCAGUUUCCGAGCAAAAUAUCAGCCCUGCACUGCACAUUGUACUUGGGUGUUUUGUCUAAAGCUGUUUUUAAAAUAAUUUACUUUUUUAAGCAAACAUAUUGUCUUUUGAUUUUGAUAGAGAUCAGCUCCUAUGAUUGUCAAGCCUGGUUUGGUCUUUUGUUACAAUAGAUUAGAGGUUAUGUUACACCAUGUAAAAUUUAAUAAAUUACUAUUUUGGUUGUAUAGUACAUUUUAGUGCAUUUAGUCAUAAGAAAUAUUUAAAUAAAUCCAUGCAAUUUAGUCACCACAUAUUUUAAGCUUACCUGAAAAAGCAUUUUGCAAUGUUUCAACAGCCAUAUUUAGCUGUUUAACAGUACAAAUGUAUGAUGUUACAUUGAGGUUUUCAUUUUGCUUAAAAUUAUAAAGAUUAUUAUAUUAAUAUGGGUCUGUCAGCAUUAUUAUAUCAACAAUUGUCUGGCAAGGCAAGACAAUUCACACUACAUGUGCUAUGGAAAUUUAGUACAAGAAUAAAUAACUUUUUAAUAAUGGAAAUAAUAUAUUUUGUUUACUAGAAUGUUUUUCUAGGAAAUUAAACUGCACAUACCACAUUCUCCCGUUUACACCUAAUUUGUUUCGUUUUUUAUCAUGGUUUUGUCACCACAAAGUAAUAAAUAUGGUUUUGAUAGGA